AUGGCUGAAACCAAAAUAAUAACUAACACGAGUGACGGUAUUAGGUUUUUUAAGUUCAAUGCUACUGAUGGAUUGAAGUUUCUUCAAAAGGAGUAUAAAAGCGCCGCUAAAGUCGUGUGCUACACUCCGGAUGGAUUGGUUUACGCGUUUAGCGAUGGUGAAAAAUUAAUUAUACGAAAUGAUGGAGAUGACUCUGAAAUAGUUUCUAUUGAGCAGCCAAACAUUUCAAGAAUGGCAAUUUCCCCGGAUGCAAAGUAUUUGUGUACAUACACUCCAUUUAGAAAAACACCUGAGCACGCGGAAGGUCAGCCUAAUCUAAAUCUCUAUGAGAUUGCAACGGGGAAAUUAAUUGAAUCCAGAGUUCACAUACAGAUGGAAACUUGGCGUCCUCAAUGGUCCCUUGAUAGCCAACUCUGCAUUCGAGUUUUUCAGGGUGAAAUACAGUUCUUUCCCGAAAAUAAACUAGACGAGAAGCCAGCUAAACGAUUGGCCUUAAAGGGCAUGCGACAUUGUUCCCUUUCAAAAUCGCCCAAGAAUCGUCAUUUAGCUGUUUACACUCCAUGUGUGAAGAGCGAGCCAGCGACUGUGUAUAUUUAUGCAUGGAGAAAUGGUGAAUGCGUGGCAGUGGCGAAUAAAUCCUUCUUCCGAGCUGAUACGGUCUCAUUGCAUUGGAGCGAUAUUGGCACUAGUCUGCUUGUCCUGGCUUCAACAAAGACGAGCGAUACGAGCUACUAUGGCGAUCAAACACUUCACUUCCUGACCACAGCGAAAGGUGGUGACUCAGCCUCUGUUCCAAUGCCGAAAGGAGGUUCAAUUCAUCAAGUCCUUUGGCGCCCUUCUAUUGGACCAACUGCUCGACCUUCGGAGGAACAAUUCGUUGUCUGCCAUGGAUCUGCGCCGGCUUCCAUUCUAGUCUUCAACAUUAAAUGUGAGAAGCUCUAUUCCUUGGGCACGGGCGCAUGGAAUAAGCUCUACUUCAAUCCUCAAGGAACCCUUCUUUUAGCUGGUGGUUUCGGUAAUCUGGACGGCAACGUCGCUGUAUGGAAUUAUGAUAAAAGGCAACGUCUUGCCGAAUUCUCUGCUCGUAACACUUCAACCUUGUCAUGGCUAUCUGAUGGAGAACAUUUUGUUACUGCCAUCACCACGCCAAAUUUGAGAGUUGAUAAUGGAUGGACAGUUUGGCAUUACACAGGGCGUCCAGUGUCUCAUGAGAAUGUCGAGAAACGGGACCACCCUCGGCUUGCUACCGAAGACCUACCCGCCGCCACUGAGCACGAGCUUUACCAGGUCAUCCCACGACCUGUUUCUGUCGAUAAAUUGCCUCCUCCACCAAAGGUCUAUGCCAUUCAGGGAGCUACUGGGGCGGGAUCUUCUAAGUUGCCCUCUGUUAAGAUGGAGAAGCCCAAAGCCUAUAUUCCACCAGCGUUGAGAAAUAUGUCCUCUACCCCGAUGCAGUCAGGGAACGUGCAACACGCCGGGGUAUUAAAUAGAGGCCGACUUCCUCCCGUGCAAGUUGUGAUUAAAGAUCCGAGUGCUGCAAAGGCUGCUGCUGCUGCUAUGCGUGGUGGCGGACCUAAUGGUGGACCUGCAAAUAAAGGUGGAAAGAAGAAUAAGAAGAGAGUUGAUGGUGACAAUCAGCCUCCUCUUCCAUCUAGUGGUCCGGCGCUUCCAAAUCCCAAUCAGAAGCAGAUUAAUUUCCUAAAGAAGAAACUAUCGGAGAUCGAAAAGCUCAAGACUCUUCAAAAGACUCAAAAAUUGGAGAAGUCACAAUUGGAGAAGAUGGCAAAAGAGGAGGGUUUCCGAAAAGAAUUAGCUGAAUUGGAGAAAUUGUAA